AUGAGUGAAAAAAGCGAGAAGUCGGAAAUCAAGCUCGACGAGGUCAAAAAAGAGCUCGAAAAGACGACCGAAACUGUCGAAGAGAAAACUGCCGAAACUGCCGAAAACGCUGAAAACAACGAAGAAGAGGAGGAGGAGGGAGAAGAUUCCUUUCCUGAGCUAGUUCCAAAGGCACAUGACAAGUCCCACCAGACGAAACGGAGAGGAACGGGCUUUGUUUUCGACGAGAGCGCAGAGGAAACAGAAAAACAGAAAAAAGCUCUUCAAAAAACUUUCGAAAGCGCGAAAAAUGAAAUUUUAGAAGAGGAAGAGGAAGAAGAAGAAGAAGUGGAGGAAAAAAAAGAAGAAGAGAGUAGUCCAAAAGAAUCAAGUUCUAGCAAAGAAACAAGCCAAAAUCCGAAAUCCAGCGCGAAUUCUUCUGAAUCCUCGGCAUCAAAAUCAUCUGAUUCGGCGAGCGAAUCGUCCAUUAGCAAAUAA